UGCUGGUUUGCUGAUGAUGAACCUUACGCGCAUGCGCGCCUUUGGCCUGGAGAGACGUGUACUGGAGCUCAAGCGGGAGUUCGAGGGCCGCAUUCCGUGGGCUGACCAGGAUUUGCUGAACAUCCUGUUCUAUCGGUACCCGCAAGGGAUAUUCACGUUCACCUGCCGCUGGAACUUCCGCGGGGAGCACUGCCAGGGUGACGCCCUUUGCACUGACGGCCCUGUGGCAGUGGUGCACGCCUCGCGCAAGAUGAUUCUGGAUAAUCUCGAGCCGGCAUUUGUCGUGCUCCAUCAGGCCAUGCAGAAGUUCAAGCUUGGACAAAGUCUCAUGGAUGGCUUCAUUGUUCCUGUGAGAGAAGGCCUACAGAAGGCGCGUCCGACGGGAUGCACCAAAGAGUUAACCAAGCAGCUGCCUCUACUUACGCUGUCUGCAAGUCGUGUCGACAACGGGACUGGCCGAGCUGUGGCCGCGAAUGGAACGUAACGCUGGAGUGCAUCUCCGCGUAGCUUUAGUGACGCUUACCGGUGAACAUAUUCCGUCAUAAAGUAACUAUGCCCCGGUAGUCUUGUGACCACUGUUCAGUCAAAUGACCGGAGCAGUUGGUUGUUAAGAAGACGCUGUACGAAGAGCGAAACACCGAUGAUAUCAUCAAACGCAUGCAAAACGCUGAAAUUCUGUCGCAAAAGUAACCGCUGAAUCGACUUGAGUGAACUUUCUUGCAUUCAAGGGAGGAAGUUGCAUUUUACAGGCAACUAGACGCAGAAUUUUCAUAUAAGGCAUCUUCAUUUUAAAAGAAAUUGUCAAAAAUCGGUAACCUUCAAACAUGUGGAAGCACGACGCUUCCAUAUCCGCAAAGUUCCACUAAGAACAGACGUCGCCGUUUAGUUGUACUCAAAAAUCAGUGGUAUAUCGCAUAUUGGUCUGGGAUACAUCAAUGUUAUUCAAUGUAGAUGUCUUAGGUGAUGUUUACGAAUUAGAAUAUCAUUUUUGUUGCUGUGCUAGAGCUUUAAACUUAACGGUACAUGAUAGAGUGUGUAAGCGAGAAUGAACGACACCUAGAGAGAAACAGCUGCACAGAGACAGCGAUACUUUCAACUAAAGAUUUUAUUUUCGCACGCAUCGAUAAACAUAUGCGGAACGAGCGGAAACAAACGAAACAAACAAAAAAGAACAUUGAGAGCUGCAUGUCGAUGAACUGUACACACGUCCGAGGCAUGAUCAAAAACAUACACCGCAAUAGUUACAGCGAAAAACCGAGGAAUCGUAUCUGUUUCUUCAGAUAGCAACACUGUUGGCUUGAUCAAAACAAGGCAGAAUAACUCCAGUAUUCAAAAAGGGUGACCAUGUGUUGAAUUCUACUUAUAGACCCAUAUGCAUUCGACCAUUUUUCAGCAACGUCAUUGAAUGGUUGGUAGAGAAGCGCGGAACUAUUUACCUGUCUAAAUUUAGUAUACUAUCACUAUUGCAAUUGGGCUGACGUAAGGGCUAUUCAACUGAACUUGCUCUCAUCACCAUUAGUGAGAAAUUAAAAAUGGCAAUUGACAAGGCCAUGUAUGCUGUAUCAGUGUUAGUUGAUCUAAUUAAGGCAUUCGAUGCAAUUAACCACUGCAUUUUGUCUUUUAAACUUAAAUCUGUCCGAAUAACAGGUCAUGCUCUAACAUUGAUACAAAAAUACCUAAAAGAUAAAACACAAAUAGUAAGAAAUAAUUAUGCUCUUCCUAAAUCAAUGAUAACAAGCUAUGGCGUACCACAGUGAUACAUACUUGGCCCAAUUUUGUUUUUAAUAUAUGUAACGACCAGCGGCGUAGCCAGAAAUUUCGUUCGGGGGAUGCACACGUUGGAGCUUGGCCUCCUCACAGAAUUUGCCGAGGGAUCAAGUACAUGAAUAAUUACUUCAUUGUCAUUGCCAAAGAUGCCGCAAACGAAUUCUUGAACGAUACGCACUGUCAAGACAAGUGAGAUGUGUAUUUUUUAAUAAAAUAAUAUAAUCUUAUGUUCCAAAAAUUGUGCCAGAAAUAACGGAUAUCCAUGCUUCCAUGUUUUUGUUUGCUUAAUAAGAAAGAAAAUAUCGUAUAAACUUUAAAACUAUAUCAGCGCGAAACCAGCAAAGCAGUGCAUACCGC